CCCUGGCCCCGCUCGCGCCCAGAGCGGGAGUGCGCGCCUGUUUGCCUGCCUGCUUCUCUCUCUCUCUCUGUCUCUCUCUCGGCCAUGUUCUGCGCCCAGCAGCACCUGCAGCCCACCCCGCUGCCCCCUCCGCCGCCGCCCCCGCUCCAGGCCUGCCCCCCGAGGCCUGUCCCGCCGCCCCCGCAGGCGCCUCGCUGCCGCCCGCCGCCCUUGCCGCUGGCGCCCCGGCCCUGCCCGCAGGAGCCCCUGCCUCUGCCCCCGCCGCUGCAGCAGCAGCACGGCCAGGAGGGGCCCGGGAGCGUGGUCUACCGGCGCGUGAGGACCUACAGCAGCCCCGGCGGAGGGGCCCGCAUCCCGCACCAGCUGCUGGAGGCGCCCAACGGGGGGGGAGGGCCCCCCUCGCCCUUCGAGGCCACCCCCGGGUACCAGCACGUCAUCUGGAGCACCGAGCCCCCCACCCCCGCCCAGGAAGUUGGAUCUCCAUCCAUGAAAUUGGCUCCUUAUUCCCAGGGCACUGUCCGGAGGAUUAUAUUGGAGAAUCCUGAACAGGAACCACUCUCUCCACUCCUGAGAGGAGGAAAUAAUGUGAUCUAUGAAAAAACAAUAAGAAAAUAUGAGCUGCUUAAUCCAGACCACGAGAAGCAAUACCAAUAUGCUCUCCAGCAUGCACAGUCGGACCAGACCCAUAUCUGUCAACCGGUGGAGCAUGUUCAAGUGGUGCAGCAGCCCCAGACAAACAAUUGCUAUGACAUAGGUCCAAUCAGUGUCAAUGAUAAUGGAAGAGGAAUUGUGAAGACAGUCACUAUCAAAACUUCUGAACCAGAGCCAAAUGACCAGUUGGACUCCCGAUACUAUGGAGAGCUGCUUGCAGAGCUGCACCACAGGAGCAAUGAACUACACAACUGUUUGCUCCAACAUGUGGAAAAGCUAGGUGGAAGGCAAUAUGAGAUUGAAUCUCAGAUAGAGGAUAUUGAGAGUCUGAUUCCAAAAGGAGUUUCAGAAUCAACGAAGCAGCAAAUUCGUUACUUGCUGGAGAUGAGAGUAACAGCUGAUAAGUCGCUAAGACUUGUGCUUUCUACAUUCAGUGGCCUCCGAGAGGAACUUGUCCAUCUUCAGGAUGACUUAGGAAAACUAGAAAUGGACAAGGCAUUGCUUGAAAAAGACCUGGCUUUUAAAGAAUGCCAAGUAAAAGAAUAUGAAAAGCUUUUGGCAUCAGUGCGAGAGAAUAAUCGACAACAACAGCAAGCCCUCCGAGAAUAUACUCUGAAAUGCCGUUCCCUAGAAGAGCAGCUAUUGUCUCUCCGGCACAAUGAUGGUGAGCGGGAAUUCCGGCUGAAGGACCUUGAGUACAGCAAACGGGCUUUGGAACAAGAAAUCCAGAAUCUAAGACUCCAUGCCUCUUCUAAUCCUUUGGGUCAGACCACCACUGAUGAACUCUCUAGCCGCUAUGUGGAAAUGAUCAACCAACUCAGAGAGGAUAAAGACAGAGAGAUUCGUAAUCUGAGGUCCCAGUUAAGCGAUUUCCACAGGGAUUUUUCAAGGAAGCAAGGGACUGAUGUUGAUCUUCAGAUGAGAAUGCAAGAAUUGACUUUAAGGUUGGAAGAAAGAGAGGCUUACAUUAAGCAGCAAGAAGAGGAACUCUUCAAGUUAAAACAAGAAAAACUAGCGAUUAAUCCAUCCCAAGGAGUCACAAAGACAAUCAUCACUAAAAAGUACAGGAAUCAAUAUCCCAUUCUUGGCCUCUUGUCUGAUGACUACAAAGUGACGUCACCCGUCAAGGAAUCACAGACAAUUGUGAUUGAAAAAACUGGAGAAAUGUGGAAGCAGGAAUCCUUUACUUCCGAUUAAAGAACUACUUACUUCUUUCAGGAAUGAACGAGUCCCCCUGACAAGUCACGUCUGAUCAGCGGAGUUCGCAUACAAAUGAUUGUUACUUUUUUUCUUGCUUGUUUCCCUCCUUCACAUUGGUUCUUCAAGUCUGAAACUCAAGAAGAGCCAAGAAGUACAGCUUAUCUCAGGGCUAAAUGUCUAAGAAACUAUUACUGAAUUGAUUUUGCUAGUGGCGACUCUUAGAAGGUAGGCUAGUAUUUGAUAGUGUCCUUUCUUUUCUUAUUCAAGCUUUUAUAUUAAAAAUGUGUUCACUUGCAAAUACUGUUUUGUAAAAAGAAAUACCCCCAAAACAAUGUAAUUCGGAAAAGGCCAUCAUUCCUGAAAUUUGUCAUAUGCUUACUUAGGUGAACUCCUAUUAAACCUUGUGGGGUUUACUUCUGGAUUAGCUAUGGUUAAACUGUAUUUACAUGUGUUAUACUUUUUUUACACUGAGUUUUGAUGAAGUCAAAACAGCUGGAUCUUUCUGUUAAAUAUUAGGCUUCAAAGUGCUCCAAAAUGUACACAGUGUUUGUCUUUCAGUGUGGUGGGCUUCUUUUUUACAUGAGCAAACUGAUUAAAGUAGAGAAAAGCAUAUGUGGGGCUUACUCUUAUUAUUUGUAAGCCAAUUCAUUGAUUGGCCCUUUUGUUGGUUUUUAAAGCUGACACCUGCAGACUUAUCUUUUCUGACUUUAGAUAAAAGGCGAUCUUAAGAGGAAAUGUCUUGGCCAUGUUAAAUAGAUGUAAACCUUCACAGGUCUAUACAACAUUACUUUACUUGCACAUUUGUAAGGAAGUGCUUCUUUUCUCUCAACCUGAUGAAUGAUGGCCAUUUGGUGUCAAAACACACAGCCUGUAUUUACAAUGAUAAAGUUGAAGGGCUAAUACGAUUAUACCUUUGUUAAAAAAAAUAAAAUAUAUUUGUAAACUUGGA